GUCUACACUGUUUCACAACAAUACAAAAUUCCAAAAGGGGCUACUCUUUCUCUCCUGCGUUUUCUCCUUUUCCAUUCUCACUUUCUUUCCUCUUUCUUUCUCACACGACAUCUCAUAAACGGCAACUGGGUACCUUCCCUCUUCUUUAUUUUUCCUGCUUAUCGAACCUAACUCUCUUCUUCAACAAAACCCACCAGUUUUUGUACCUGUUGUUUAACUUUCUCCCUUUUAGAUUGGAUUGGAGUUGCCAGUUUAAUGGUAUGGCUGCUAUUUGUUGUUAGAGAAGCAUUAGAAGAAGCAUUAGAAGAAGAAAGAUAAAACAUUGCGUGUUUGUGAGUUAAGAAAGUAAGUAUCUUUGGUGCGUAAGCGUAACCAAAUGGGAAACUGCUUAGAUUCUUCUGCAGCUAAAGUAGAUACGACGCAAGGUUAUAAUACUCCUUCUGGAGCGUCAAGAAUUUCCAGCAAAACCAGCCGCUCUUCAGUUCCUUCUAGUUUGACCAUCCCAUCUUCUGGUGAAAGGAGCACUUCUGAUUGUCUUCCUACUCCAAGAACAGAAGGUGAAAUAUUGUCAUCGCCAAAUCUAAAGCCAUUCUCAUUCAAUGAACUAAGGAAUGCCACCAGAAACUUCCGUCCAGAUAGUCUUCUGGGUGAAGGUGGUUUUGGUUAUGUUUUCAAAGGAUGGAUUGAUGAGAACACAAUGACUGCUGCAAAGCCUGGAUCAGGAAUGGUUGUAGCAGUCAAGAAGCUUAAACCUGAGGGUUUCCAGGGUCACAAGGAGUGGUUGACGGAAGUUAAUUAUCUUGGCCAACUUCAUCAUCCAAAUCUUGUUAAACUGAUUGGUUACUGCUUGGAGGGUGAGAACCGGCUUUUGGUCUAUGAGUUCAUGCCAAAAGGGAGCUUAGAGAAUCAUCUGUUCAGAAGAGGGCCACAGCCAUUAUCAUGGGCAGUGCGAAUAAAAGUGGCCAUUGGUGCUGCCAGAGGACUCUCUUUCCUUCAUGAUGCAAAAUCCCAAGUCAUAUACCGUGAUUUCAAGGCUUCUAAUAUUCUACUAGAUGCUGAAUUCAAUGCAAAACUUUCUGACUUUGGUUUGGCUAAGGCAGGCCCCACUGGUGAUAGAACUCAUGUGUCCACUCAAGUCAUGGGUACACACGGCUAUGCAGCGCCUGAAUAUGUUGCUACAGGUAGGCUGACAGCCAAGAGUGAUGUAUACAGCUUUGGAGUUGUGUUGCUUGAACUUCUGUCCGGGAGACGUGCUGUUGAUAAAACUAAGGUUGGUGUGGAGCAGAACCUGGUUGACUGGGCAAAACCCUACCUUGGUGACAAAAGAAAAUUAUUCCGGAUAAUGGACACGAAGUUGGGGGGGCAGUAUCCUCAGAAAGGAGCAUAUAUGGCUGCUAGCCUUGCCUUACAGUGUCUAAGUUCUGAAGCCAAAGUUAGGCCUAGAAUGUCUGAGGUGUUAGUGACAUUGGAGCAAAUUGAGUCCCCAAAAACUGCAGCAAAAUUCUCCCAAUCAGAGAUACCUGUCCGGAAGUCCCCAAUGAGACGGCACCAUUCUCCUCUUAAUCUAACGCCUAGUGCUUCCCCAUUGCUGUCCCACCGGCAAUCUCCACGAGUUCGCUGAGUAGAAACAUGUCUGUAAUUUUUCAUCUGCUUUCAUGUUUUCUGUGUAAAAUGUAAUUUGAGCAUGUAUCUUGCUGCAAUUUUGAUUUCAACAGAUUAUCACCACCUGCUUGAAGAUGUGUAGUUUUUUUUGUUUCUUUUUGUUUUUGUUUUUAUUUAUUUUUUUUUCCAGGGUAAUCUGUAUUUCAAUUAUCUUGUAAUUAUAUCUCAGGUGGCAAUAGUGUUUUUGCAUAAUGCAUGCAUUUUUAAUUCUUUCAUCCA